AUGGCUUCCGAAAAGACAAUUAACGACCCAAUCCCAGAGGACGUUGAGUCCGAAAAUGAGGAGGGAUGGGAGGACGCAGAGCCUGACAACGAGGAGGAAUCUCCUGUUGUUUGCUUGUUUUGCCCAAACACAUUCCCGGCACCUAAUAAAUUGUUUGAACACUGCGGGGAGUCACAUGGCUUUGAUUUUGUGAAGACAAAGGAGGAACUUGAGCUGGACUUUUAUGGAACAAUCAAACUAGUCAACUACAUCAGAAGCGAGACUAAGGCCUCGCGCGUUCCCGACUUCACUUCCAGGGCAUUCCUGGAUGAUGAUAAAUUCCUUCAGCCAGUGUUGGAAGACGAUACUCUCUUGUUCAGCCUAGACGACCCGGAGUUAGACUUGGGCACAGAAGAAAAAGGCGCAACUACUAAUGCAGAUAAGGUCAAGGAACUAGAACUUCGAUUAGCAAGUCUCUCGCAGCAAUUUUUGGAAUACAAAAAUGCCGUAAACAAGAGCUUCGAGGCACAACUUGCCGAGCCGGAUAAGGACGAAGUAAAGCGGGAUGACGACAGUCAUUAUUUCCACUCAUAUGCGGGUAACGACAUCCAUGAGACUAUGUUGAAGGAUACCGUCAGGACAGACGCAUACAGAGAUUUCAUAUAUGAAAACAAACAUCUGUUUAAAGAUAAGGUUGUACUUGAUGUCGGGUGCGGUACCGGCGUGCUUUCCAUGUUUUGCGCCAAAGCUGGUGCGAAGAAGGUCAUUGCUGUGGACAACUCAGCAAUUAUUGACAAAGCGAGGGAGAACGUCUUUGAGAACAGCCUUGAUGGAAUCAUCACCUGUCUGCAUGGAAAGAUUGAAGAAGUUGUCUUGCCAGUAAAACAAGUGGACAUCAUUGUCUCUGAGUGGAUGGGAUAUCUUCUUCUAUACGAAGCUAUGUUGGAUUCAGUCCUCUACGCCCGUGAUAAAUAUCUUGCUCCAGAUGGUCUUAUGGUCCCCUCCGAGUGCAAGCUUUUAAUCGCGGCAAUGCACGACUCGGAAUACAUCAAUGAGAACGUAAACUUCUGGAACCACGUUUACGGCUUCUCUAUGUCAGCUAUGAAGGAGAAAAUCCGCGAGGACGUUAUCGUUCACUCGCUCGAACCCAAAUCCCUAGCAUCUGAGCCAGUUGUGUUUUACAACCUCCCUCUUCACACCAUCAAGACUUCUGAGCUGUCAUUUACGAGCAAAUUUUCUCUGAGUGUAAAGGAUAAUAUCGAGAGCUUAGAUGCGUUCGUCAUCUACUUCGACACCUUCUUUACUACCUCGCGCGGAGAGUAUAUUCCCGAGAAUGCUAGAGCAGAGACGUGGAAGGCGACCAAGGAUAAGGGUGUUGCGUUCACUACUGGACCCUUCAAGACUCCUACGCACUGGAGACAGGGGGUUUUGUUGGUAGAGAACAAAAGCGGAAUGUUGAAGUCUGGUGAGAAUAUCGAAGGGGAAAUUACUUACAGGAAGAGCAACAAAAACUCUAGGGAGGUUGAAGUUGACAUCUCAUGGAAGACUGAUGAGAAAAAGGACCAGCAGCUAUGGUACAUGAGGUAA